GCCGACGCGUCGGAGGCGGUUGCCUUAUACCGGCUUUUCCUUAACUACUUCGUCGCUAAUAAGUUCACUUGUAUCGCCUUGAAAUCGAUUCCUUGAAAAGGCACGUUACACUCAUGAAAAAGGCCGACCCAAGAACAACACCGCUUCCAAGAAACGAUUAAAAAACUAGUUAUGCAACACGAUGAAAUAAAAUGACACAAAGCUGAUGGCAACGGACAUGAUAGUACCGAAGCUCUCCAUGUCAUCUGACGAAACGGAUGACGUGGCCUUCAAGGUCCUCAACCAAGACAACUUGCCUAACAUUGCCGUUGUCGGUGAAACUAUCUUUAAACCAUUCGGUAAUGACCCUAAAGUUAAACCAAACUUAAUAGUCCAUCCCACGAGAAGAGUGGUCACUAAUUUAGAAGAGAAUAAGCAAAAGGUUUUUGCUAAAUCUCAUGGAAAUAUUAGCAAUAAUAACAACGUUAAUAAUAAAGUAUUAAAAAAGAAAUUCAGUAGUUCGUAUAAUCAAUUGAAUCAUACUAAUAGUACUACAGGAAUCAAAAUUGAAGAUUUAAAAAGUCAGGUGGACUCCAAGUUCACCAAAACUUUGGAUGCCAAACUAAGACGACUGCAAAAGGAAGAGAAACAAACGAAGAAAAUCUACCAAACCAAUCACGUAGAUAAGCACCGCAAGCCUUUCGUCACCACCGUUCCCAAAGGAACCUUUUUAGAGCCACCUCACGAAAUAGAAAAAUUGUUUAAUAAGGAACUAGCAAAAUGUACAAAAGAAUUGGAGGCGUCCAAGGCCAAGAAAGAAGAUGCGAAAAAGUUGUUCACGUAUGCCAGUCAGCCGAGAGUAUUGAAUAGGAGUCCAGCCAAGUUUGUGCACGUGCAGAAAUGUGCUGCUGCGUUGGCAGCUGCUAAGAUCAUUGGAAGUGUGGCUGGAUUAAAUAUAGAUGAUAUCGAAGCUGCACAAAAGAAUGAUCAGGAAAUAAAUUAUUCCAAUGUUAUGUUCGACAAAAGAGUGUUCCGAGGAAGCAACUUCUCACAACAGCAUUUGGGUGAUGGUGAAUCAGCAGCAGCUCGGGCAGCUGAAGCAAGAAGAAGAGCUUUAGCACGCAGAAAAGCCAAAAAUCAGCAUUACAGAUCUUCUCAACUUAGAUUAGGUUCUCCACCUCCAGUCACAGGUCGUCGUCAUGAGACUAUUCAAACCGAAGACUACUUGGAAGAACUGUUUGUUAAUCCUCCGGUGGCAGACAUGUGCACUCAAACAGACCUGUUCCUGGAAAGACCUGUGUCGCCAUUUUAUAUUCCUGCCAAAACUGGUGCUGAUGCUGAAACCCAAAUAUAUCCAGGAGAUUUGUUCGACUUUGAUAUGGAAGUUCAGCCCAUCCUCGAAGUGCUUGUCGGAAAAACUAUCGAACAAGCCCUUAUUGAAGUGUUAGAAGAAGAAGAACUGGCGGCAUUAAGAGAGCAACAAAGACGAUUCCUUGAGCUCAGAGCUGCAGAGACUGCUGAGGCUCUAAGGUUAGAAGAAAGGGAGAAAAGAAUUGUGAAAGAAAAAGAAAAGAGGUUGGCUGAACACGAGGAUGGUGUUAAAAUCCAGAAAGAAAUGGAGGAACGUAUAGCUGCGGCUGUACUAAUGCAAGGAUACAUGGCUGACCUAUUACCAUCCGUGAUUGAAGGAUUAGAAUCCGAAGGAUUUAUGAUGGAUAAUGUUAAAGAAGAUAUCGAUGAGUCAUUCAUGCCAUGGUUGAUUAAGGAAGUCACGCACGAGCUACAGGAUAUGGUCUGCAGUAGGGAUGUUCUCUCAGAUAUUGUUAGAGAAAUUCUGGAAAAUAGAGCCGAGAUAUACAAGGCUCUCAACAAGGAAGUUUCAUCUGAAGAAACAGAAGAAGAGGGACCUUCAAUUGAAGAUAUGAUACUGCAAGAUCAUCUGAAACUUCAGGAAGAACUUAGAAUACGGGAAAUGGACAAAACCAAAGAACCAGAGAAUGAGCAAUAAGGUUACAGCGAAGAGCCUUAUGGAGCCUUUUAAAAGAGAAUCUAUAUUUUAACAAUAUAUUAUUUUAGAUAUUUUUGAAGAACUAUUAGAGAACGCACUUUUAAUGUAUAAAAUUUUUAUUUAUAUCUAUUUUAUUGUAAAAUUUGUUGCUGAAAAAAUAAAAGAA